AUGAAUUGUUUUAGGGUAUUAUAUUUGUUUCAGCAAAAGUGCGACACUAUAACGAUGAUUUCAAAGCAGAUCAUGUUGCUGUACUGCUUUUUAUCAUCAGUACUCGCUGUGCCUGUCGAUAAGUAUACAGACAAAUAUGACAAUAUCAAUAUUCAAGAGAUUUUGGAGAACAAGAGGUUACUGCAAGCGUACGUCAACUGUCUCCUUGACAAGGGAAAGUGCAGUCCUGAAGGCAAGGAACUAAAAGAUCAUAUGCAAGAUGCUCUCGAGACUGGCUGUGAGAAAUGUACCGAUGCUCAAUUAAAUGGGGCUACUACUAUGAUAGAGCAUCUGAUUAAGAAGGAACGCGGUAUUUGGAAAGAACUAACCGAUAAGUUUGAUCCCAAGGGCAUCUGGAGGAAGAAAUACGAAGACCGUGCGAGAGAGAAGGGUAUAGUUAUCCCUAAAGAU